UAUAGUAGGAUGCAGACCUUCCCGUCCCAGUCACGAGUGGCCGAAAUCACAAGUUUAACAAAAUUCCAGCGAUGGGUGCGUACAUUUUUGAUUUCUCCAACGCGAAGCGCCGACCGUCGAUGGGGUGAUUCACAUUCGUUCAGGACUCGAGAUCUCUCAUCAGAUCUGUCACCUGCUCGAGCUGGCCUUUUUCUAUUCCUCUGUAAUGACGCGCCGCCGACGACUGAGCUGUGGGAGGUGGCGUACUACUGUCAGUAGCGCUCUGUGCCUGGCGGUACUGCUACUGCUACUCUCGCCGGUCGCGGCAGACGGCGACGACGACGACGACGAGCAGCUGCUGGAGCGGUUCAAGGCGGCGGUACCGGUACGGAACCGGGGGCAGCUCGAGGGAUGGACCCGCGGCGACGGCGCGUGCAGGUUCCCCGGUGCCGUGUGCGUCAGCGUCAGCGGAGUGAGGACGAGGCUCGCGUCGCUGUCCCUCGCGGGCGUCCCGCUCGACGUCGACUUCCGCGCCGUCGCCGGCACGCUGCUCCGGCUGGGUGGCGUCGAGGGGAUCAGCCUGCGAGGUGCGAACGUCAGCGGCUCGCUCGCGCCCGGAGGGGGGAGGUGCGGCCAGAAUCUGGCUGAGCUAGACCUGUCAGGGAACCCCGCGCUCCGCGGAUCCGUCGCCGACGCCGGCGCGCUCGCUGCCUCCUGCCGCGGGCUCAGGGAGCUGAACCUCUCAGGCGACGGCGACCUCAGCUGGAUGGGAGGUGUCCGCCGGCUGAACCUCGCGUGGAACAGGAUCUCCGGGUCACUCUUCCCGGCGUUCCCCAACUGCUCCAGGAUGGAGUCACUAGAUCUGUUCGGUAACUUGAUCUCCGGCGAAUUGCUGCCCGGCGUCCUGUCCGGCUGCACUGCUCUCACUUCGCUCAACCUAUCCAGCAACCACUUGAGUGGCCCUUUCCCGCCGGAGAUCUCGGGGCUCGCGUUGCUCUCUUACCUCGACCUAUCGAACAACAACUUCUCCGGUGAGCUCCCGCGCGAUGCAUUUGCUCGGCUCCCGCGGCUCUCGUUGCUCUCUCUAUCUUUCAACAGCUUCAGCGGCUCCCUGCCUGAAUCCAUGGACGCGCUUGCCGAGCUCAGGACGCUGGACCUCAGCUCCAACUUGCUCACCGGCGCUAUACCAGCGUCACUCUGCCCGAGCACCGGCUCCAAGCUCCAAGUGCUCUACCUGCAGAACAACUACCUCACGGGCGGCAUCCCGCCGGCCAUCUCCAACUGCGCCAGCCUCGAGUCUCUCGACCUCAGCCUCAACUACAUCAAUGGGUCCAUCCCCAUAUCCAUCGGCAGCCUUUCCCGGCUCCGGAACCUCAUCAUGUGGGAGAACGAAUUGGAGGGCGAGAUCCCCGCGUCACUGGCCGGCGCUCGCGGACUCCAGAACCUCAUCCUCGAUUACAACGGGCUCACCGGCAGCAUCCCACCGGAGUUGGUGAACUGCAAGGAUCUCAACUGGAUUUCGCUCGGGAGCAACCAGCUCUCCGGGUCAGUGCCAGCAUGGCUCGGGCGACUAGACAAGCUUGCAAUAUUGAAGCUCAGCAACAACUCAUUCUCAGGGCCGAUACCGCCAGAGCUAGGUGACUGCAAGAGAUUAGUUUGGCUGGACUUGAACGACAACCAGCUUAAUGGAUCAAUACCACCGGAACUCGCGAAGCAGUCCGGGAAGAUGCCCGUGGGCAUCACCACCGGGCGGCCGUAUGUGUACUUGCGCAAUGACGAGCUGAGCAGCGAAUGUCGUGGCAAGGGAAUCCUGCUUGAGAUCAGUGGCAUCCGUCGCGGGGACCUAACACGGAUGGCGAGCAAGAAGCUGUGCAACUUCACGAUGGUGUACAUGGGUUCCACAGAUUACACUUCCUCCGACAAUGGCUCCAUCAUUUUCCUUGACCUAUCCUUCAACAAGCUCGACUCCGAGAUCCCCAAGGAACUUGGGAACAUGUACUAUCUUAUGAUCAUGAAUCUUGCACACAACCUGCUUUCGGGUGCGAUCCCAGCCGAGCUUGGAGGUGCCAGAAAACUGGCUGUGCUUGACCUGUCACACAACCAAUUGGAAGGCCCAAUCCCCGGUCCAUUUACGAGUCUGUCACUAUCGGAGGUUAAUCUGUCAUAUAACAGGCUGAAUGGAUCUAUACCUGAGCUGGGAUCCCUUGCCACUUUCCCGGAGAGCCAGUAUGAGAACAACUCUGGCUUGUGCGGCUUCCCUCUGGCUCCAUGCGGAUCAGCACUAGUGCCAUUUUUGCAACGCCAAGACAAAUCUCGCUCCGGUAAUAAUUACUACGUGCUGAAAAUUCUACUCCCAGCUGUCGCGGUAGGUUUUGGCGCUAUUGCUAUUUGCUUAUCCUACCUAUUUGUCAGAAAGAAAGGUGAGGUCACAGCUUCUGUUGAUCUAGCAGACCCAGUAAACCAUCAGUUAGUCUCACAUCUCGAGCUUGUUCGUGCCACCGAUAAUUUCAGUGAAGAUAACAUACUAGGAUCUGGAAGUUUUGGAAAGGUAUUCAAGGGCCAACUGAGCAAUGGUUCGGUGGUUGCCAUAAAGGUUCUCGAUAUGGUGUCCAAGCGUGCCAUUAGAAGUUUCGAUGCCGAGUGUCGUGUGCUUCGCAUGGCACGGCACCGCAACCUGAUACGCAUAAUCAACACCUGUUCUAACAUGGACUUCCGAGCACUAAUGCUACAGUACAUGCCCAAUGGCAAUUUAGAGACACUACUGCACUGCUCACAAGCGGGGGAAAGACAAUUCGGGUUCCAAGAGAGGUUGGAAGUUAUGCUCGGCGUGUCGAUGGCAAUGGAGUAUCUGCACCAUGAUUACCAUCAGGUCGUUUUGCAUUGUGACCUGAAACCAAGCAAUGUGUUGUUUGAUGAAAACAUGAUUGCACAUGUGGCAGACUUUGGCAUUGCAAGGUUAUUACUACAAGGUGAUGAUAGUUCUAUGAUAUCGGCAAGAUUGCAUGGGACAAUUGGUUACAUGUCACCAGAGUAUGGUUCAGAUGGAAAAGCAUCACGAAAGAGUGAUGUGUUCAGCUACGGAAUCAUGCUUCUUGAAGUCUUCACCGGAAGAAGGCCGACAGAUGCUAUGUUCAUCGGUGAACUCAGCCUUAGAAAGUGGGUUCACCGACUAUUCCCUGCAGAGCUUGUCAAUGUCGUGGAUGGACGGCUACUGCAAGGCUCCUCUUCUAGCUGCUGUUUGGAUGGUGGUUUUCUGGUGCCAAUACUAGAGAUUGGUUUGCUCUGCUCCAGCGACUCACCUAACGAGAGGAUGAGGAUGAGUGAUGUGGUCGUAAGGCUCAAGAAGAUCAAAACAGAGUACACCACAUGGACGACAUCUACAUUUGGGAAGGCAGGCUCUUGCCACAUGUCAAUGUAAAAUACCAGAUCCUCGAAAGUGAGCUUCGGGUACUGGUGUGAUUUGUCUUCCGUGGAUUGGAGAACGUUAAAUAAAGGUUUUGAAAGUUUGUCA